AUGGCUUCCUUCUACAGGAUAAUGUGCAAUCAUGAUUUCAAUUCACAGCUUAGACUGCCGCCGCAGUUUGUGAAGGAUCACGACGAAGACUUGUCGGAAAAAGUCGAGCUCUUUACCGAAUCGGGAGACUCGUGGACCGUGAAAAUCGAACGAAUCGGGCCGGACCGUUAUUUCACGGAUGGAUGGUCCAGAUUCGCCGAGGAUUAUAAUCUGAAGUCCAUGGAAUUUCUGGUCUUCCGUUUGACCGGAAGAUCUAAGUUUGAGGUUUUGGUGUAUGAUAUAAGUGGCUGUCACAAGGAGCUGCAUUUUCUAGAUGAUCACGAGGAUGAUUACGAGACUGAUGAUCAAUCGGGUUUUUGUGGUGAGGGGCAAAAUUGGAAGUUUGUCAAGAAAUUGACUCGAGAACACACAUCCGAAUUGGAAAUUCCAAGAGAUUUCGCGGAGGGAUGUGGAAUCGCGACAAACAGGAAACUGAAGCUGCGGAUGGGGAAGAAAGGGAGAAAAUGGUCGAUUCACUUGACGGCUAAAAAACACGGCGCAUUGGCGUUGCGUUGGGGUUGGAAUGAAUUCUUGACGGGCAAUAACAUUUUCACCAAAAGCACGAUUUCGUUUACAUACGUCGGCGGCCCAAGCAAUGUGAUAGAAGCCGAAGUGGUGAAAAACGGAGGUAGCAAUGGUAAGGGCCAAUUGUUCGGGCCCCCUAAGAGAUUUAAGGGAAGGCCUCCGAAAUUCAAGGCCUAA